AUGUAUUCUGGUGAAUUCGCAGAGCCACGUUUACUACAUUCCAAAGGAUUCAUACAAUUAUGCGUUGAUAAAAGUGCUACCGAUGACAGUGGGUCAUUUUUAUCGGUUGGCACUGAUGGUGAUGUAUGGAUUUGGACGGGUGAUGAGCUGGAUGAAGCUGAAUACUGCCCUAAAAACAUUAAAGGAAGAACGCAUUGUGCAAUAGCCUGGCAUGGAAAUGAUAUUUACAUCGGACAUACAAGUACAGACGACCAAACGGGUAUUCAAAAGUCAGCAGUUUCUCGUUUUGAGAAAGAUUCCCUACGGUUGAUUGCAUCAAUAACCACUUUUUCAUUGGAUAUAUCUAGCAUCGAUAUAUCAAAAUCAGGAAAAUUUUUGGCUGCUGGUUCUAUCGAUCACGUUUUGAAAAUCAUAAAUCUUGAAACAGGCGAUAUAAUUCGUGCUGAAGCAGAUGGACAGAUUAUGUGUGUUUCAUUUAAUUCGAAAGAUGAAUACUUGGCUGUUACAGCAACUGACGGAAUGCUACGUGUUUUUGGCAUAGCGUCACUGAAGGGUGACAUUCCUGAACCAGUCACUGUUCGGAUUUGCUCGCGUAUUGUUGACAUAGAGUCAUCUAGCUCUAGGCUUCAGCUGUGUUGGGAUCCAUCUGGCAAUAAUCUGUUUGUUCCAGCACUUGGAUGUGUUAAAAAAUUCAGCAAAGAUUCAUUUAAAGAAACAACCAAAUUUUUUACUGCAUCUAAUUCAUAUGAAAUGUUCAACAUAUGCUGUGUGUCGUCCUGCGGAACAUACUUGGCCUCAUCUACCAUGAAUGGCUCAAUUUAUGUUUGGCAGCUUGAAACCAGUGAUCUGUUAACAUGUAGUAAAUAUCAAAUAAAUGGACAACCAAAAGUGAUUUGUACUAUGUUUUGGCACAACUUAUUACAGGAUACAUUGUUUUUCGCAGAUACAGAGGAGCAUAUAUGUUCUUUGAAUAAGUGCACGAGAAAAGUCACUUUGGAUGAUCGUAGCGGUACAGAUUUGGAAUUGCAAAUCGAAAAAAGCAAAACUACUGCAAAUUUCGACGAUGACGAAAAUUCGCAGUUAUCUGCAGAUCUGGGUUUUAUUAAAAAGUCUUACGGAUUUGACGAGGAAGGACACUUCCUUGGUAUUACUGAUGCAAGUGAAAAAAAUUCUCACGUUUUUACAACUACAGAACCUUUAACCUCGUACAAACCAGUGGUUGUGCCGAAAGUAUUCGUGACUAGCUCUACUCCUGAGUAUCGAAAACAGAGAUAUUUGAAAUGGAAUCGGUAUGGUACAAUAAUCAGUUCAUAUAAUGGAGAUAACGGAAAAAUCGAGAUAAAUUGGCACGACAUUUCGAUACAUCCAGAGAUUAUUAUCGAUAAUACAGCGAAUUUCUCCGUUGGUGACAUGACUGAUGAAAUUGUAGCAUUGGCAUCGAAAGCCGAGAAGGAGAGUUUGAGUGAAAUGCAGGUACAGUGUAUAAAAGCUUGGGAUUAUGGUUCAAGACAGUGGAGCGUAACGUUGCCAGAAGGUGAAUCAGCCGACAAUAUAGUUAUAGGGAAAACAUUUCUUGUUUUAGCCACAUCGCAACGAUAUUUUCGAACAUUCUCACAUGCUGGGACUCAAAAAAUGGUCUUUUGUUACUCAGGGCCAUUACUUACUAUGUGUGCAUUUAACGAUAUGUUUACGGCUGUAGUGUUAAAGGGUGGCGCUUAUUAUGAGGAUGAUGAACCGCAGUUCAAUUUUGUAGCAAGUGUUUAUAAAAUGAAAACUGAAGGCUGGAAUAACUGUCAGUCCCUGGCACAAAUUGUUCCUAUCAGUGUGACUCGCAAUGCCAAAUUGGCUUGGAUUGGAUACACAAGUCAUGGAACACUGUGUACAAUGGAUAGCAAAUAUUGCUGUCGGAUUCUUUCUUCCAGUAACAUUUGGAUUCCAGUUUAUGAUUUUGCCAGUAGUCUUAGAGCUAAAUCUGAUCAUAUAUUUCUGAUUAGUGUUAUGGAUUAUCCGCAUUGUGAAAUUCGUUAUGUAUAUUGUCGAGGAGUGGAAUAUCCUUUAGUUGAAAGUCGUUCAAUUCCAGCGGUUGUUAAGUGGCAACUUCCACUGUGUGAUCAGGAUUCGGAAAAAUCGAAACUCGAAGAGAAACUUUUGUUAGCUGAAAUUCGGAGAUGCACGUUAAACAGCGAUAAUGAAGGCGAAAAAGAAUCCGAACUUUUAGAUAUUGCGGCAACAUGUACAAAGGAUAUUGUUCGAUUAUUUGCUCUUGCAUGUAAAACUGAUCGCCAGUGUCGUGCAGCCGAAUUUGCCGCAUACACACAUUCUGGACAAAUUGUUCAGUCCAUGUGCAAUUUCGCUUCUAAAACCCGACACCCUUUACUUGCGGAAAAGGUUGCUGAAAUCGGAAGAAUAAAUGCUACUGCACAACAGAAUACAACACGAGAUGAAAAUGAGAGAAAGAGAAAUAUUUUAUCAGAAGAUAGAGAAAAAAAUGAGUUUUUGGCGCCUAAACGAUUGAAAAAGGAACGCAUCUCAGAUGAAGUCAUAGUCAAGACUAUGCGGCAGGAACAAGAGGAAAAUGAAUGUAUGCAUGACUUAGAAUCAACUCUAAGUAAUGAAUCGUCCUCACCAUUGUUGCUUCCUGUUCGAUCAAGGCUACCUUCCAAUCCCUUCAAACGCAAAUCUCAGAAUGUAUUUGGUUCAAAUCAAGAUAACUUUUUCGAUUCAUUAGCUUCUGCAUCUACAGUCACUCCGCAAAAAACGAGUGAUGUUAGUAGCGAUUGGAAGAAAAUGAAAAGAGAGCCAUCAAAAACUCGACAAACUUCACUUUUUGUGAAAUGUAUUGAGGAAAAAGAAUCGGGUAAAGCAAAAACAGGAUUCGAAUUAUGGCUGAAAUCUGCGGAAAAUAAAUUAAGGGAAGAUUGUGAUGGAUGCGAAGACUUUUUAGGAUAUGCUGUCAAGCAGUUUCGGCAUUUAAAAACUGAAGAAAAGCAGCACUGGAACGAUUUGGCUCAAGCUUCGAAAACCUGA